UCUUCCGGGGGACUCGCGGGACGGGACACAGCCUCACUAUGUUCCGUUGUACACGCCCCUUGUAUAAUAAGACUUGUCUUCAAACUUUGCUCAGAUAAACGAGAGGGAUUUUAUCUUUGACGCCUACAAGAAUCACACUGGGGGAUUAUGACAGAAGAAACAGACAAAAGGGGCUCUGCUGAAGAGCACAGGCAAGACAAACAGGAUCCCGAGGAGGGGGUUCAGCCCAGGGGUAAAUGGGCCAACAAUAUGGAGUUUAUUCUCUCGAUGGCUGGAGAAAUAAUUGGCCUCGGAAAUGUUUGGCGCUUUCCCUAUCUGUGCUAUAAGAAUGGAGGAGGGGUCUUUCUCAUCCCCUACUGUGUGUUCCUUUUCUGCUGUGGCAUCCCUGUGUUUUUCCUGGAGACUGCGUUGGGCCAGUACACCAGUGAGGGCGGGGUGACCGCCUGGAGGAAAAUAUGUCCCAUGUUCGAGGGGGUGGGGAUUGCGUCCCAAGUGAUUGUGAUCUAUUUGAACAUCUAUUACAUUGUGGUUUUGGCUUGGGCUAUCUUCUACCUAAUAAACUCUUUCAAGACCCCCCUGCCUUGGUCUUCAUGUGCAAACUCUUGGAACACUGAGUUUUGCUUUGGUCGACCCGGCUUGUUUGCCAACCCUGAGCUUUUUAAUAAAGAUUCCAACUGGUCGUUUCUGCACAACAUCUCCUCAAAUGGCUACGAAGACGGCUUCGGUAACUUCAGUGAAACUCUUUUGAAAAUCAGCUCCCCAGAGGAGGAGUUCUGGGAAAACCGUGUGUUGAGAAUGUCACAUGGCAAUGGUUUGGGUAAUGUGAACUGGGAGCUGGCUCUGUGUCUCCUGUUUGCGUGGGUGAUAUGUUACUUCUGCAUCUGGAAGGGAAUCAAAACCACUGGAAAGGUUGUGUACUUCACUGCUACAUUCCCAUACCUGAUGCUGUUCAUCCUGUUUAUCCGUGGAGUGACACUCCCAGGAGCAGGAGACGGCCUCAAGUAUUACCUCAAACCUAACUUCAGCAAGCUCGCUGAGCCUAAUGUGUGGCGUGACGCAGGGACGCAGGUCUUCUUUUCCUACGCUGUGUGUCAAGGAGUCCUGACAGCUCUGGGAAGCUACAACAAGUACAACAAUAAUUGUUACAAGGAUUGCUUGGCAUUGUGUUGUCUGAAUAGCGCAACUAGUAUCUUUGCUGGCUUCGCCGUCUUUUCCAUAAUUGGAUUCAUGGCUCAUGACCUCAACAUUCCCAUAAGCGACGUUACAGCCAGCGGUCCAGGUUUGGUCUUCAUCGCCUAUCCCAGGGCUCUGUCGUUGCUUCCCGGUUCAUCCUUCUGGGCCGUGCUCUUCUUCCUGAUGAUUCUCUUCCUGGGUCUCGACAGUCAGUUUGUGUGUGUGGAGAGCCUGGCCACAGCCAUCACAGACCUGUUCCCAAGUCGUCUGAGGAGACCAGGCGCCAGGGAGAUCCUGGUGCUGGUCAUUGCAGUUACUUGCUUCCUGUUGGGGCUCCCAUUUGUUACAGAGGGAGGGAUAGGUCUGUUCCGUAUUGUCGACACCUUUGGUCCUAGUGGAACCAGCCUCCUCCUCAUUGCUUGUGCAGAGACCCUUGUUGUUUCCUGGAUUUAUGGUGCGGAUCGUUUCUAUGACAACAUUGAGGAUAUGAUUGGGUACAGACCGUCCCCUGUUCUAAAGUACUGCUGGAUGUUUGUGACUCCGCUCAUAUGUGUGGUUACAGUGCUGUAUACGCUGGCAAAAGACAGCCCACUGAGUGUGUACGGUGAACUGUUUGGAUCAUCGGCUUCUACCAUAGCUGCUCUACUAAUUGCCACUCCACUGAUAUGCAUUCCAACGUAUAUUUUCAUCACUCUAUGCAGAGAUCCAAAGAACAUGACCACACCAUCUAAAGACCUGCGACAGGUUUCCCCCGAUAAGCCGGUUCUGACGAUGUGCAACCUGGUCAUCUUUCAAGCACAACUGGACCCAAACAGAAAUCUGGAGGAAAGAAACAUGAAGACGGCAGAGGAAUUGACACCUUUUGGCAUUAACUGAUGAUAAUAAGUCUGUAGUUCAUAAUAAAAUAUAGCCAAUAUUUGAGGGAGACUUGUCUGUUAUCUAAAUUAAAUAUUUACCUCAUGUUUAUAUCCAAUUGGCUUUACCACUACAAGCCUGCAUAAAUUAACUAACAAGUGUUUUAUAACAUUUAUUAUAUACAAUUAAAGGGCAUAUAUAAUAAUUCUCACAAUUUUUCCUAGUCAAGUGAAUUCAACCUGACUAUUUAUAUUAAUCUGCAAUGAUCUGGUGACCUGUCCAGCAUGUAUCCCGACCCUCAUCCAUAUUAAAAUUAAUUAAACUUU